AUGGUAAAACUGGGCCAUGCAGGGCUGCGGGAUGAUAAGGCUGGAGGCUGUGGAGAGCAGGCAGCCGGAAGCGAUAACAUCACUCUCUCCAGGGCUUGGGCUGUGGUCAUCUUUGCCUUUGUCCUCUGCUGGCUGCCGUUCCACAUCGGUCGUUACCUCUUCUCCAAGGCCUUCGAGGAAUGGACGGAGCGGUUGUACCUGAUCAGCCAGUACUGCAACCUGGUGUCCUGUGUCCUCUUCUACCUGAGUGCUGCCAUCAACCCCAUCCUCUACAACAUCAUGUCCAAGAAAUACAGGGUGGCUGCCUUCAAGCUUCUCCGCAUCAACCAGGACCUGAGGAGGACUCCGUCCAAGGUCAAGGAGCACAGCUGCACUGAGUCCUCAGUCAGCACUUGACCCUAGAUGUCCACGGGGAAUGCCCGCACACAUCUCCGCAUCUCUGAACGUCAACAGAGGCAGACUUGGUGAGAUGGGCAAAGGGUCUGGUAGUCGCCCAUGUAUGGAUGGACGUGUCUGGUACUAGAUCAUGACCAUAAGACAUAGGAGCAGAAUUAGACCAAUUGGCCCAUCAAGCCUAUUCCACCAUUC